AGGGGAGACCAGCGUAUCCUUAAUGACGUCAUCACGCACAUAUCCGAACUGUCCUUGAAGCCACAACAGAGGCACGAUGGUCGCGUACUGGAGACAGGCAGGCUUAAGCUACAUCCGCUUCUCCGCUAUCUGCGCCAGCGCAGUGCGAGCUGCGUUGAAGCCGCAGUUCAAAACCGAGGCACUGAAGGCCGCAGAAACCAGCGUCAAAGUCCUCAAACCUAAAACAGCAUGAUGUGAGACCAGCAUGUAGAUAGUUUUUCCUUGACUUGUGGGUUCCUCUCACUCUCCUGUCCUGCACACGGUGGAAAAGAGGCGAAAUGGAUGACAUCAAGAUGAGCAAGAGACCAGGGACCUGAAUGAAAUUGCUGUUUUUUCCCUGUCAUUUGUAAUUAAAAUUGUAGUAAAGAUGGUUAUCGGAAAUACA